AUGGCCAUGGGACAAGGGGAGCAGCGCGCCAUACACGCUUUCUUCAGAAAAGACUUCGAAGGCCCAACGCCCCUUGUACAGUCUGUCGAAAAUAGCCUCGCUUGUCCCACCUCUUCCCAAGAAGCCAAUGGAUCGCCUGUUCUACAGACAACGCCCGUGGCUGCACUUGACCACGACCCCAACAUCAAUCGAAGAAAGCGGCGGAAAACGAGCAAUGAUGCGGAAGAAAUAUCAUCUAAUGACCUCGUGACGACUGACGGGGAGCAGACGGUCACGGGUGUGAGCGCGCCGGUUGAGGACGGAACUGCUCUUACGAGCACGCAGACGACAGGCACGUUGGUUGCGGUCGAAACCACGAAUGAUACACCGGCGGAGGCUGAACAAAAGAAGCAAAAAGUGAUUAAACUAAACGCAAAUGGGAAGCUUCUCAGCUCCCCAGUCGCCAACAGAUUCACGGAUAUGUCUAAAAAAAAGGGCACCAAGCGUGGGAAGCCAGCUCCGCAACAUUCAGAUAGUCUUGAGAGAAAGCUUGUCGUGAUCAAGUAUCUUGAUAAGACUGGGUUCUCGCAAAGUAUAGGACGGCAAAUUGACGACAUCCUCAGCGGAAGGAGAAAGUAUAUCGUCUCGAAUCAUGCUACCCGUCAAAUUAAUACCGUCACAGCAGCGCCAACUUCGAAACAACCAGCUAAAGCCACUCAUCCGUUCUUCUUGAAGAAGACUGCACAAAAGGCAGAGGUGCCAUCGUCUCACGUGGAAUGUCAUGAUUCAGUCUCCCCGCCGUCUGGAGACAGGUUGGCAACCAAGUCCCAGUCAGCUCAAUCACGUUCACUCUCUAAAUCUUCCCCCUUCAGGCAUGCCUUUAACAAGGUUCCAGAGCCUAUGCAUCCACUUUGGCCCCCCUCAGGGUUAAUUCACGUGCGGAACCUUAGUAACGAACUCGAUUUAAGAAACGACGGCGAUCGCCAAGCCACCGCAACGGACAACAGGAAAUCAAAGACGCCAGCUGUUCAAGUUAUUGAUGAAGAAAAUGUGCUUUCCUUCUUGAAGUCUUCGGAUAUAUUGCCGGCUUUACGAAAACCAUCUAAACAGGUAAUCAGUGGACGAGUGCUGCAGGCAAAAGUAGGCAAACGGCUGAUGGGGCGAGGCGCGAGCUCGGACACAGACGAGGCUCCGUCCCCUGAUACUUUACAUUCAGCUGUGGCCAGGUUAUACACAUCUCUGCCCAGUUCAAUGAGCGCGUUUGAGCGUGGAGAUUACGAGGCGCAACUUUGGGCGCAUAAGUAUGCGCCAAGUACCGCGAAGCAGGUUCUUUGCGCUACCAAAGAAGCACUUAUGCUGCGCGAUUGGCUAAAUCAUCUUGUUGUGUCUAGCGUUGAUGUGGGUAGUUCAUCCAGAGAUAAUGAGAAAGCCAAACGGAAGCAGGAGAAGAAGCGCAAGAGACGAAAGAGAACAGAUAAAUUGGAUGGUUUCGUGGUGUUCAGCGAAGACGAGUACUCGUUGGGUGAAAUCUCCGGUUCUGAUGAUGAAUUAGCUGGCGAUGUGACGGUCUCGAACAAGCGCACUGUCAUACGAACCGGGGAUCUCACUUUCAACCUGAAGUCUAGCAGUGACCGCAGUCGUAUAGCCAACGCAAUUCUUCUAAGUGGUCCGUCGGGAUGCGGUAAAACCGCAUCAGUAUACGCAGUGGCUAAAGAGAUGGAUUUCGAAGUCUUUGAAAUCAAUGCAGGCUCCAGACGCAGUGCGAAGGAUAUUUUAGAUCGGAUUGGUGACAUGACGCAAAACCACCUUGUGCACAACUUGCAUGACAAGGAAAAUGUCAAUCAACCUUUCGGGACAUCUUCGCAGGCUGAAGAGCUGGAAGACGCGAAGCAAAACCAAUUGACUGGAUUCUUUAUGCCUGCUAAGAAAGCUGGCAGACCACAGCCAAAGGCUCCUUCAAAAGAAAACGUCAUGAAGCAUUCCCGAACUCAGAAACAGUCUUUGAUACUUCUAGAAGAAGCAGACAUCUUGUUUGAGGAAGACAAGCAGUUCUGGUCCGGGGUCCUUACUUUGAUCAAUCAAUCGAAGCGCCCGAUUGUUAUAACUUGCAAUGAUGAGAGCCUUAUCCCGCUUGAUGAUAUAUCCUUCCAUGCUAUUCUACGGUAUAGGGCUCCUUCACAGGGGUUGGCGGUCGACUACCUUCUUCUGAUGGCUGCAAGCGAAGGUCAUAUACUGCAGCGGACAGCAGUUGAGAGGCUUUAUUCGAGCACCCGCAACGAUCUUCGAAAGUCUAUCAUGGAACUGAAUUAUUGGUGCCAGAUGGCCGUUGGCAGCGAGAAAUCCGGCCUUGAUUGGAUGAUUGACCGGUGGCCACAAGGUGUAGACCUUGACUCGAACGGAGACAAGCUUCGAAUGCUGAGCGCGGAUACAUACGAUAACUACAUGGGCUGGUUUAGCCGAGACAUUAUGAUCAGUCCCGGCUUAGCAACAGAGAGCGAGCUUCGGGAGGAAGCAUUGCACUGGUGGCAUUUGAGUCUACAAGAGGCCGAUGUCAUGGAGGAUUCACAGCUUCAAUCAUUCCGAGAGCCCAAAACGAGUCUUUCGAAAAUUGAGCACAUCGAAAGUCUGUGCUCGCAGUCUGAAUAUAUGGAAUCGCGAAGUGUCCUCGAUCUGCUUGCUGCGCCAUGCUCCCUGGAUGCACGGAUGGAUGCAAUCGAUACAUCCAUACCACCGAUCUCGGAAAAACAGAAGCUGAAUUUCGUUGACGGUUAUAAACUACUACAUGCUGACAAACUCCCUGAUUACGCUACCUUGACGUUGGAUAUUGGGAGUACGUUUCAGACUCUUCUGGGAAGAGUAUUCCGCGGAACUUGUGAAGCCGAUUCCAAAGACAUGCUAGCCAGCAACAUGUUGGAAGCUGUUUCCAAGCCCAAGGCAGCUGAGCCUGCCAAAGAGCUUCUAGAAGUGCUCGUACCGAUAGCGAAGCCUGAUUGUGGAUAUCCGCCGCCCAGUGGAGGCGCAGAGCUUGCGUUUGAGUAUGGCCAACAAUCAAUUGUCGAAGAUCUCGCGCCAUAUGUUCGCUCAAUAGUAGCGUUUGACCUUCGUCUCGAGAAUUACCGUAGGGAGCUUAGCGGCCUUCUCUCCGGCGAUGCGAAAGGUACAAAACGAAUGCGAACCACUCGUGCUAGUCGAGCAGCACUCGAAGGCGGCAGUAAAGCGGAGACUCGGAAAGAGAGAUGGUUCUCGCCGGCUGUGAAUGUUCAACGCAUUUUAGCCACGGGCAACAGAGAAUGGCAGGAUCUGCUGGUUCAGAACGGCUAUUUUACCGUGCCUGUGGCGUUGGAGCAGGCGACUAUGGAGCGUAGUGAGCUGCCUUCAGGAAGUGCAAGCGAUGGAUCUAUAUAGGAUAGCCGUUUAUAGACAGUCUAGUCACCCAUACAACAAUGAAAGCUAGAGCUAUACCC